AUGCCGUGGUGUGGCUGGUUCCCAGGGCCCUGUGUGGUGGUCUGGAUGCAGGCUCUUGUGCUGCCGGUGGUGGACGUUUGCCCUCCGGGAGAAGUGUGUGGGGACAUCCAUGGACAAUUCUUCGACUUGAUGAAGCUCUUCGAAGUGGGGGGGUCCCCUGCCAACACGCGCUACCUCUUCCUGGGGGACUACGUGGACAGAGGGUACUUCAGCAUCGAGUGUGUGCUGUAUUUGUGGGCCUUGAAGAUCCUGUACCCCAAAACACUGUUUCUCCUUCGUGGGAACCACGAGUGCAGACAUCUAACAGAGUACUUCACGUUUAAGCAAGAAUGUAAGAUCAAGUACUCGGAGCGCGUGUACGACGCCUGCAUGGACGCCUUCGACUGCCUGCCCCUGGCCGCCCUGAUGAACCAGCAGUUCCUGUGCGUCCACGGCGGCCUGUCCCCCGAGAUCAACACCCUCGACGACAUCCGGAAAUUAGACCGAUUCAAAGAGCCGCCUGCCUACGGCCCCAUGUGCGACAUCCUGUGGUCCGACCCCCUGGAGGACUUCGGCAACGAGAAGACUCAGGAACACUUCACGCACAACACCGUCCGGGGGUGCUCCUACUUCUACAGCUACCCGGCCGUGUGUGAAUUCCUACAGCACAAUAACUUGUUAUCGAUACUCCGAGCGCAUGAAGCACAGGACGCGGGGGCCACAGAGGCGGACGCCGUCCAGGGCUGGCCGGCCCCGCGCCGCUCCUGUCUGGACGCGGCAGGUGUCUGCACGGCGGUGACGCUGGACGCUCCGGAGAGCACCGCGGAGCGUCGUCCCGCAGGACCCACGCGUCUGUGCUCGGAGCGGGCGCCUCGCUGGACCGUGCCGGCCGUGGCCUGCGGGACCAGCGCGGGGCCCUGGCGCCGAGGGCCCGAGGUCACCGCGUGCCGGCCUGUUCUUGUCCCCGCAGUGACCGAGAUGCUGGUGAACGUCCUCAACAUCUGCUCGGACGACGAGCUGGGCUCGGAGGAGGACGGCUUUGACGGCGCCACGGCGGCCGCCAGGAAGGAGGUGAUCCGGAACAAGAUCCGGGCCAUCGGCAAGAUGGCCAGGGUGUUCUCCGUGCUCAGAGAGGAGAGCGAGAGCGUGCUGACGCUGAAAGGCCUGACGCCCACGGGCAUGCUGCCCAGCGGCGUGCUGUCCGGAGGGAAGACGGACGAGAAGGACGCGCGCCGCCCGGCCGGACUCACGGCGGCCGCGGGCUGCCAGACCCGGACGGCACUGACCUUGGACGUGGUGACGUGGCCCUGA